GAGCCACCCGGCCCUGGACUCUGCCCUGGACGCCCUACCUAACUGAGCCCUAGCUGCCCACAGUCUCCAAACUUCACCAGCUGGGGACAGACCCUGGGCUUAUCCCCGGAUCUGCCUGAGCUGCAGCAGGCGGGGCGUGCGCUGAACGCCCUCCCAAGGAUUCCAUCUUCAUCCUUUUUCCUGCCUUGCACUUCAGGAGUUAAUGUGGAAGCAUUCCUCAUGCUUGUUGUGGAUCCACCAGGAGGAAGAACUCGAUAAGCACUGAGCUGUGAGCAUCUUCCAAUUCUUUCGCUCAAGUUCAUUUCUGUUGUUAAGAUUGACAGGAGGAAGUUCAUACUGUCAACACCAGAACUCACAAUGACAACUGUAACGGUGACCACAGAAGUCCCCCCAAGAGGUAAGACAGAAGGCAACUCUGUCUCGUAUGGACCGUCGUCAGCUCACAUUAUUGAAGAAACUGAGUAUGUGAAAAAGAUUCGAACUACCCUGGAAAAGGUCCGAAAUCACAUGUUUAAAGAUGAAGAAGAACAUAGCAAUGCAAAUUACAAACUACAUGCAGAGCAAUCUGGAAACUUUCGGAAUGGCUCAGAUUCCACAACAGACCCCAACUCUUUGGAUUUGCUCAUGGAAAACAUGAGAAGAAAAGACCAGCAGCUUCUAGAAAUGAACAGGGAGAAUGAAAUGCUGAAAAUAAAGCUGGAAGCUUCCCGAGAAGCAGGAGCAGCAGCUUUGAGAAAUGUGGCCCAGAGAUUAUUUGAAAACUACCAAAUGCAUUCUGAAGACAUGAAGAAAAAGCAGGAGGACAGUAAACGCUUACUCCAGAUCAACAGUCUUGAAAAAGAGCAGAUGUUAAAGCAACGUGCUGAAAAUCUGAGUCAACUUUCAGAAAAACUUGAAGAAAAACAUGGUCAAAUCAUAGGACUAGAGAACCGUGUACAGAGGAUGGAAAACGAAAAGAAAACACUCCUAGAGAGAAAAUUGUGUUUGGAAAGCAAGCUGCUGCAACUCAAGUCCAAUGAUGCACAAUCGAAAAGUUGCCAGGAUCUUCAAACAGAGAUUUCCAUCCUCCAGGAGCAGAUAUGUCAUCUGCAGUUCGUGAUCCACUCCCAGCACCAGAGCCUGCACAGCAUCAUCGAGGAGAUGGAAGGAUUAAAAAAUACUUUAAAGGAACAAGAUAAAAACAUCGAAAAUUUGAAAGAAAAGGUCAAUAAACUUGAAGCUCAGAAUAAGGAACUAAAAACCAAGGUGGCACAUUGGAGUGAAACUCCUAAGACAUCAGUAUCUAAGGCUGUCUCUACAAGCGAAUUGAAGCCUGAAGUUGCCUCUCCCUAUCUGAUGUUGAUCAGGCUACGGAAGUGAACAAGCGGGAUGAAGUUCUUCUGAUGGAGAAGGACUAUGCGGAUCUUAUUUAUUCCUUGAAAUGCAGUUUCAGCUUCCAAGUUAAAAUGACAUCAUGCCAGUGUUUAUUUAAAUGUAACUUAUUAUACGUCAAUAAAAUUAUAGGAAGGUGAUUUUCCAGGAAGUUCAACAAAUGUCUACUGGAGAGAAGAAACUUUUUUUUUCUGUUUUAUAACUUAAAAGGCCAAGAAACCAGGUGCUUUCCUGUGAUGGAAGAUGAAUUCUGCUUUAAACUAAAAAAAAUGUGAAUCCAUAUCCUCAGAUAUUUUCCCAAAGGGACUCAUUUAAGGUUUCCAGAUUUGAGCUUUGACAGCGAUUUUUAUAUGUAUAAGUGAAAGGAAGUAUGUAAAUAUGUAUGAAUGAAUGGCAUAUUUAAAUUUGGCCUUUAGAUAAUAAACAUCUUACUAUGA